CCACGUACACACCUCUUUGCUUAACAGGGAAGAUUUUAGAGAGCAAAAUCGUCAUCAGUAGGAAAGAACCAUUGUUCUGUUUUUGCAAUUUGUUUUACGCUUUUGGAAAGGAAAAAAAAAAUUGCAGAGAAGGAAGAGAGAUAGAGAGAGACAUGGGGCUGCUUUCUAACAGGAUUAGUAAGGAAAGCCUGAAACCAGGAGAUCAUAUAUAUUCAUGGAGGACUGCUUAUAUCUACGCCCAUCACGGAAUCUACAUUGGGGAUGAUAAAGUAGUUCAUUUUACCAGGCGCGGCCAAGAAGUAGGAACAGGGACUGUGCUGGAUGUCCUCUUGUUGAGCUCAGGACCAGCCCGCUCCACUGUGCCUUGUCCCAACUGCACUAUGCAGCAAGAUGGUCACGGCGUCAUCCUCUCAUGCCUGAACUGCUUCCUUGGUGGUGGCAUCUUGUAUCGGUUUGAGUAUACUGUCAGCCCUGCUCUCUUUCUUGCAAAAGUGCGAGGUGGAACUUGUACUCUUGCUGUCUCAGACUCAAAUGACAUUGUGGUCCAUCGAGCGAAAUACCUUCUUGAAAACGGAUUUGGUUGUUAUAAUGUAUUCAAGAACAACUGUGAAGAUUUUGCUAUUUAUUGCAAAACUAGCCUGCUUAUUGUGGAUCAAGGAACAAUGGGACAGAGUGGCCAAGCAGCAUCCAUCAUAGGGGGGCCUCUUGCAGCUGUUUUAUCUACACCAUUGCGUCUUGUGACCACCAAUAUUUAUGGGAUGGCAGCAACAGCUGUUGGGGUUUAUUGCGCUAGCAGGUAUGCUGCUGAUAUUGGCAUGAGGAGGGAUGUAGUGAAGGUGUCAGCAGAGGAUUUGACAAGAAGGCUUGCAACAGGCCUUCUCCAGGUGAUUGAACCCCAAAUUUCAGCGGCACCAAUCCAAGCGAUUCAAUAGCUCAUGUAUUCAUGAUCUGGUCAAUAAAUGGUUUGGGACAUUUGAGGAUCCCACUACAUGUGAAAACGCUGUAACAUUGACAAUUUGUUCCAUGGUAAGCACUGAUUUGUAAACGCUGAUUAAAAGCCAGCUUUUGUCUGAUCCUUGCACUUGUAUGUUGUAAUGUAGUGUCUGCCGUUUUAAGAGGCUUCCUAUAUGACUAUGUUUUGUGUUUUCUUGCA